AUGGCCAGCUCCGCGGUGCAGAUCGUCGGGUUUCUCCUCGCUUUAGUCGGAGCUUCUGCCACCAUCGCCGCUACUUUUAAGGUCGAGUGGAAGAAGGAGGCUCAGGGGAAACACCGCAUCUAUGAGGGGUUGUGGAUGUCCUGCAGCGGCACGGACAGAACAACCUGCGAGUGGCACAUGUCCAUGAUCAAACUGCCAAUUGAGGUCCAGGCAACAAGAGCACUGAUGGUGGUGAGCCUCUUCUUCUCUGCUGUGGCGCUGAUUGUGUCCACAGUGGGGAUGAAGUGCACGCGCUUCAUGGACAACAUGCCGGAGAGCAAAUCCAAGGUAGCUGCCACUGGAGGGUUCCUGUUUAUGUUGGCAGGGGUUUUGACCAUCAUCAUCACCUCCUGGUAUGUCAGUAAGAUCAUUGAGACGUACAACAGUUCACAUCGUCUGCAAAGCCGAGAGUUUGGUAGCGCCGUGUUUGUCAGCUUGGGCGGUGGAUUCCUCACAGCGGUCGGCGGUGCUUUCCUGAGCUGUCAGACAUUUUGUAGGAGAAGAUCAUCUGCGUCCACAAUCUCCAGCCAUCUCCUCCCCACCACAAACCCCAAGUCCAAUUAUGUCUAA